AUGGCAGCUGCAUACCCCCCUGGCGGAACCUUCUUCCAAACCCUCAACAAGAGCUUCGCGGAUGUCCCUGUCGAUGAGGCAAAGGACAGUGCCAUCUCGACGACCGAGUUCCUAGAGGCUGCUGAGAGCACCACCACUCUUUUCGAUGUCCUGGGCUCCGUGGCCUUCAAGCCCGUCAAGGGUGACAUGAGCGGCAACAUCAAGAAAAUCCGCGACAGGCAGCUUGCUGCCCCAGCCCAGUCAGAGACGCUCCAGGAGCUUUGCUUGAACGAGCUCAAGGAGAAGAAGCACACUGCCACCGAAGGUCUCCUGUGGCUGACCCGUGGCCUCGACUUCACUGCUCAGGGUCUCCGUCACAACAUCUCCAACCCCUCCAAGGAGCUCGCCGACUCCUUCCGCGACGCCUACGGCAACACACUCAAGCCCCACCACUCCUUCAUGGUCAAGCCCGUCUUCAGCGCUGCCAUGAGCGCUACACCUUACCGCAAGGACUUCUACAGCAAGCUUGGCGAUGAUGACAGCAAGGUCCAGGCUGAGCUGGAACAGUGGCUCGCCGCGUUGGAGAAGCUCCUCGCUAUCCUGAAUGCGUUUUUGGCAAAGAAGGAGGCCAAGUGGUAG